AUGUGUUUUAAAGGAUUAUCUCUUUUAACAGUGGACACUUCCGAUACUGCCGUUACAAAGGAGGGAUGCACGACUGUACAAAAUGGCAUUGUCACAGAUAACGGCCAAUCAGUUGAGUGCAACGAGGGUUACGUCAAUGCUCACAGUCUCUUGUACGAGAGAUACAGUUGUUCAUGUCACAGAGACAUCCCUGCCUUGGUGUGCAAUGGAAGGAAAGCCAAGUGCAAUGCAGAGGAGAGAUGUCAAGCUCCGAUUGAUAAACAAAUUUAUGCGUUUUACCGAAAUGGAGAUACAUACAAUGUUACUGAUGAAAGCUGCUCCAAUGGAAAUAUACCCAGUUUUAAAGGACAGAUUACUUGUAAAAGUGGCCGCUGGUCAGAGCAAGUCAGCUGUUUGAGAGGUACAAACUAUCGUAUACGCGUAAAAACAGCUGACUAUUGGACCACAGGUGAGGGCACAGACGGGGAGGUGUACUUAUACAUGUAUGGUUUUGAAGUGAACAGCGGUAAAAUCAUCUUACAUGGAGAGUUUGAGGCUGGUGAUGAGGAUCUUACGUAUGGCUAUUUUGUUGACGUCGGAAAGAUCAUCAAAAUUCAACUUGGUGUAAAAGCCAGAUCACUUACAAGAGAUGGUUGGACACCGGCUUCCGUACUAAUAGAAGAUGUAUCUAGAAGAGAGUAUUACAAAUUUGUACACGGUGCGGAAAUCGACGAUACAAGCAUCUUUCUUAAUCCAGCUGCCUCUUGCUAUCCGUCUGAUGAAUUGAGACAUGUUUACCCUAUUUACCUCGUUGGAGAUGACCAGCGCCUCAAACCAUCAAACUGUGCGCAAGGAUACGAACCUCAACCAUCACUCACCACAUGCACAGAAAGGGGGUGGACGGCUGAUGUUGUUUGCAUUAAGAGGAUUUUCUUUCCGCUGGAAGAAACAACGAAUGGAAACCAGAUUAUGUAA